AUGGCGACCUCUGGAGAAGGCAGCCACCCCAGUGGCACAGUGACACCCAGGCCACUGGCACAGCUGCAGGAGCUCAAACCAUGGGUAGCCCACAGAUGCCUGUCCCAGGCCCGCCAUAGGGCCACCCUGACAGGUCUCUUCACCAACCUAAGGAAGACUGUUUACUCCCAGUCUGAGCUCACAGCCUGGAAGUGGCAGGUUCUGAAUAAGGCGAAGAAUUACAUUCAGGAACUGGAACAAACCCUGGACAACUUGCUGAAACUGAAAGAAUCCUUCAAUCUGGAUGAUGGGAAUGCAAGCAGCUUAGAGGAAGUCAAGGAAGAAUAUGCCAGAAUGUUCUCUGGAAAUGACAGCUUGCAAAGUUGCUUUGACUACAACCUGGACUUUAGGGGCAAUGGCUGGGCUCCUGUCAUCUCUGGUGCCUCUGGGCAUGUCCAGCUCUAA